AUGACAGUUGGUGGGGUUGGUCCUUUCCGAGGCAGUUCCGAGCUCCCCAAACAUCGUGCUGCAGGAAAAGCCAUUCUUGAAGGAGUUUACCGAGAUUCUCUGUCGUUUCCAGCCUUCCGAACCACAUCAACCAAGACAGCCAACAUGACAUCCGUACAGCAGCUCUUCUCGCUUGAGGGCCAAACAGCCCUUGUGACUGGUGGCACACGAGGCAUCGGCCAGUCAAUGGCCAUCGCUCUCGCAGAAGCAGGAGCAGACAUCCUCCUCGUCCAACGUGACACCAGCAGCCAAACUACCAAACAAAAGAUCGAAUCCCUCGGCCGCAAAGCCACAAUCUAUACCGCAGACCUCUCCUCUAGAUCCUCCAUCGCCUCCCUCAUCCCCAGCAUCCUGUCCGACGGCCACAGAAUACACAUCCUGCUCAACUGCGGCGGCAUCCAAAAGCGACACCCCGCGCACCAAUUCCCAGACGAAGACUGGGACGCUGUUCUCCAAGUAAACCUAACUUCCGUUUUCCAACUCUGCCGCGACGUAGGCGCACACAUGCUCUCUCAGCCCGCGGACCUCCCCCUAGGUCGCCGUGGAAGCAUCAUAAACGUAGCUUCCUUACUCACAUUCCAGGGCGGGAUUACCGUGCCGGCGUAUGCAGCGAGUAAAGGCGGUGUGGGACAGCUUACCAAGGCGCUAUCGAAUGAGUGGGCAAGUAAGGGGGUUAGUGUGAAUGCGAUUGCGCCAGGGUAUAUUGCUACGGAUAUGAAUGAGGCGUUAAUCAAGGAUGAGAAGAGAGCAGAGAGUAUACUCAGUCGUAUUCCGGCGGGGAGGUGGGGGGCACCGGACGACUUCAAGGGCGCGGUGGUUUUCUUGGGGAGUGCGGCGAGUGCGUAUGUUAGUGGGGAAGUGCUUACUGUUGAUGGAGGUUGGAUGGGUAGGUAG